CGGAUCUUUUCGCAUUUUAUGCGCUCAUUCGGUGUAUUUUACUGUUUCGUGCUUUUGUCACACUCGCUUCGAAUAGUUUUUGGCGAUUGGAUUUUUGGACGGGCAUUUUUCGAUAAAGUGCAAUUUGGUUUUUGAACUCAACGGGAGUGCAAAUAUUUUCAAUUUUAUCCAUCGAUAGUGGUUCAUGUUUUAAUUUUCUACGUGCGAGAGAAAUUUUAGGAUUUCGAGAAAUUUCAUCAAGCAAGUUGCUUUAAAAGACCAAAAGUUGAAUAUAAACAGUUUUGAAAGUUGAUAAGUAAUACGUAAAGAUAAAUAAAUGGAGUAAUACGAAUGAUAAAAAUAUAAAACAGAACAGCCGCAGGAUAAUUUUUGAAAAUUCAAAUCAGUUUUGAUAAACUCCAGGAACUACAUUAACCAAUGCUGAUAAAAAAAAGACUAUUCCACACUUGGAUAAGUUUUUUUUUCAACAAAAAUUGUUCUAAAAAGAUAAAAGUGUAAUUGAAAUUAGUUCUAAUUAAAAGUAACUAACAACAACACAAACUAAUACUCAUUCAAUCAGUGUGAAAAGUGUUGAUUUUAGCUUAUUUUGAAUAUAGCGACGGGAAAUCGAUCCCGACGCGCACACAAACAGCCCAAUCAUUUUCACCGACGGAAAUAAGCUGAGCCCUGCGAACGCAGGUCGAGGAAUGUUUUGCUAUCAUUGUCCACCGUCUAUACAUCCUGCAGGGCCUCACCAGCCACGUUUACCAACGCUAGACUACCCAUUUGCAUCGACGCAUCCAUAUACCAGUUACUCAUAUCAUCCGGCCAUACACGAUGAAACGUUUGUGCGACGAAAGCAGAGACGGAAUCGAACAACGUUCACGCUUCAGCAACUCGAAGAACUGGAAACGGCAUUUGCUCAAACUCACUACCCGGACGUGUUCACCAGAGAGGAUUUGGCGAUGAAGAUCAACUUAACCGAAGCUCGUGUUCAGGUAUGGUUCCAGAACAGGCGCGCUAAGUGGCGUAAGGCGGAACGGCUCAAGGAAGAGCAACGGAAACGGGAUAGCGGUGACAAUACGCCAAUUUUAGCCGAUCGAAAUGAGCAGAGCCGAGAAUCAUCACCGGACAUUAUUGGCGAUAAUGACGAUGAACACUUGAGCACAAGUGCACCGGCUCAUAGUCCACGAACUGAUUCCGAUUUGGAACGACCACAAUCGUCGUCGAUGCAAAUCCAUAACCAUCAAUCUUGUUCGGGUAGCGUUGGUUCACCGUCACCUGGAUUCCGAACAUCACAAAAUUCUGGCAACAGUCCGCCGAAUGCUGACUCACCGCCAAUCGAAGUUGGCGGUCCCAUUUCGCUGGCAACAUCCCCAAUAUCUAUGACACUGAGCUCACGUUCCAACAGCAUCUUGACGAAUACAAAUGGUGUCGCGGCUAAUAGUAUUUUCAACAGUUUUGCUGAAACAACAAAUGGCUUUCGUCCGUUGCUAGACAAUAAUGCGCCACGUGCAACGCCUCCUCUAUUCUUACCAACACAUUUGGCAUCGCUUGGUACACAGUUUCAUCCGCCAUUGUUUCCUCAUUUAAAAGGAUUUCCAGGUUUGUGCUCGUGUUGCCCGACAAUCACAUCAUCGACAACAUCAUCAAUUUCAUCGUUGAGUGCAAAUCGUUCGUCGGCAUUGACGAACGUGUCGACAUCAUCGGCAAGUGAUCCACGCACCACAUCUGUGGCUGAACUGCGUCGCAAGGCACAAGAGCAUUCAGCAGCUCUGUUACAAUCAUUGCAAGCAGCAGCAGCGGCUGGGUUUUCAUUCCCCGCAUUUUUGCCACCAUUAAAUUUCAGUAAUACACGCAAAUCAAUGCUGAAUCCAGGGUUUUGCAUCAGCACCGGAUCAACCACGAAUAACAAUGACAUUUUAACGACUUCAAACAAUAACACCAUCUCGGCCACUGUGAACGGUGAUGCUGCACAACACUCAACUCAAAUCAAUGCCACCGAAAAAAGUGAAUAAAUUUAAAUUCUUAAAGAAAAUCAUAUUCAAUAGAAAUUGUACAAACCAAUCUUAAAUUCAUCAGUUCUAAUUGAGAUAAAAUCAAAAUAUAAUUAGCAUUAAGUUCAGUAAAAGUAAAAUAAGUUAAGUUGUGUGCCCAAAUUUAGUUCUUGUUCAAAAUCCAUCACAAAAAAUAAUGCAAAAAUACUUAUCUGUAAAUCAGUUGAAUGGACAAAAAGUGCAGUCAAAUUAAACGUAACGUUUUAAUGGUUAAGAUUUUAUGAAAAUUGUACAAUAUAAACAGUUUAGCCGUUUGAAAGGAAAUACACAGAAGAAAACUGAUUGAAAUAAUGUAGAUAUACGGCAAAAAAAAAAUCAAUUCUGAAGAUAAAAUCAAAUAAAAAAAGUUAAAUUAACCAAUAAUCUUGUAGAAUAGCUAACUAGCACGCUGGUUUCAAC